AUGUCUUCAAAAUAUAAUCAGGAUCAAGAGAAUACUCGUCAGCUUGUAGUUCCAUAUAUGAGCGGCUUACCUCUAAGGCUUGUGGUGCUCUUACUUGAAUAUGUACCCGGAUUAUCGAGUUAUUUUUUCCAGAAUAAUGAAGUUGCUGCUUUGAGAAAUAGAUCCUUCAAAGAGGACAUGACUAUUAUGCCAUUACCUUUACCUAAAGAAGUGUUCAGUAUAGAAGAACCAAAGAAAGUCGAUGGGUUAGAAAUUUUCGACCAGAAAAAUAAAGAAUAUAAUCCAAUUCCAGAAUGUCAAAAAUUUUUAUGUGCACGUGACUUUACUGAAGCAUAUUCAGCCAAAAGAGUUACCCCUAUACAAGUAUGCGAAAAAUUAAUCGACAAUAUAAAUCAAUCAUGUUCUGAAGCAUGUGACCCACCUCUUUAUGAUGAUAUUAUGGCUCAAGCUGAAGCUUCGACUACUCGAUAUAAUCAGGAUCGACCCUUGGGACCCCUUGAUGGUGUUCCUGUGGCGAUUAAAGACGAGAUUGAUGUUUCAGGUUAUGAGACACAUGUGGGGACCUCAUUUAUUAAUCGAGAAAAUCCUACCUCAAGGGAUGCAUUUUUGGUAAAAAAAUUAAAAGAUCAAGGUGCUAUCAUAAUUGGAAAAACCAAUAUGCACGAAAUUGCAUUUGG